AUGGCGCCGUUUGAGGCUCUAUAUGGUCGCAGGUGUCGUUCACCAGUUGGAUGGUUCGAACCGAGCGAAGCACAACUAUUAGUUACAGAUUUGGUUCAGCAAGCCUUGGAGAAAGUUACAUUGAUACGAGAACGACUUAAGACAGCUCAAAGCAGACAGAAGUCCUAUGCAGAUAAGAAAGUUUGUGAUGUGGAGUUCAUGAAGGGUGAAAAAGUCUUCUUAAAAGUUUCACCUAUGAAAGGAGUUAUGAGAUUUGGUCGGAAGGGUAAGCUAAGCCCUAGGUAUAUCGGUCCUUAUGAGAUUUUGGAUCGAAUUGGGUUGGUGGCAUAUAGACUUGCUUUACCUCCGAGAUUGUCUGCUGUUCAUCCUGUAUUUCACGUGUCUAUGCUAAGACGAUAUGUUGGUGAUGAUAGCCAUAAGAUUCAGCCAGAGGAUGUGGAGCUCGAUGAGAAUUUGACUUAUGAGGAGGGUCCAAUAUCUAUUAUUGAUAGGCAAGUGCGACAAUUGAGGUCGAAAAAGGUAGCUUCAGUCAAAGUGUUAUGGCGUAAUCACCCAACCGAGGAGGCUACUUGGGAGUCCGAGGCGGAUAUGCGAGAUAAAUAUCCUCAUUUAUUUGACGCGACAGGUAUGAUCUAGAUCCGUUCGAGGACGAACGUUAUUUUAAGUGGUGGAGAAUGUAAUAACCCAAUUUUAAAAUAAGGGUUAUUUGGUAAUUUAGCCUAAAGAGAUUAAUAAAUAAAUCAAAAACGAAAUUAAAAAGGGAUGGGCCAAGCCCAUUCUCUUAUUUUCAGUUGCUGCUCACGUUUAAUAGAAUAGUAGGGCAUUAGAAUAUUCUUGGUUUGGAACGUAAACAGAGAAACAACAAACAAUUAUAAUAAGGGUUGAAGGGGGUUAGCAACGACAAUAAGGAAUUCAUUAGCCACUAUUUUGGGUGAUAAGCUUCAGGUAUUUAUUGUAAAGAUUUGUAUGUUCUUUUCAUUAAUUUUGGUCAAUUAGUAAUGAUGGCAAGAUGGAAUAGUAGGAAUCAAUGAUUAUGCCAUU